AUGUCUGGUCCUAUUAUUGGUAUUGCAUUUGGUAACACCUCCUCUUCUAUUGCAUACGUCAACCCAAAGAACGAUGUUGACGUUAUUGCCAACCCAGAUGGUGAACGUUCCAUUCCAUCUGUACUAUCUUAUGUUGGUGAUGAUGAAUACCAUGGUGGUCAAGCUUUGCAACAGCUAAUCAGAAACCCAAAGAACACCAUCAUUAACUUCCGUGACUUUAUUGGUCUUCCUUUCUCUGAGUGCGAUGCAUCUAGAUGUGCUGCUGGUGCUCCAGUGGUCGAAAUUGACGGUAAGGCCGGUUUCGUUGUCAAAAGAGCUGAUGAUGUCGAAGAAAAAUUGACUGUUGACGAAGUUGUCUCCAGACAUUUGAAGAACUUGAAAUUGGCUGCUGAGGAUUACAUUGGUCAAACCAUCUCCAAGGCUGUUCUUACAGUCCCAACUAACUUCUCUGACGCCCAAAAGAAGGCUUUGAAGGAUGCUGCUUCUGCUGUUGAUUUGGAAAUUGUCUAUUUCAUUAACGAACCAUCUUCCGCUCUAUUGGCUCAUGUUGAAGAAUUCCCAACUGACAAGGAUCAAAACGUUGUUGUUGCAGACUUUGGUGGUGUCAGAUCCGAUGCUGCUGUUAUCGCUGUGCGUAACGGUAUCUUCACUCUACUAGCAACUGAACACGAUGCUAAGUUGGGUGGUGACAACUUGGACGCUGCAUUGAUUGACUUCUUUGCCAGUGACUUCGAAAAGAAGAACAAAUCUAACCCUAAGAAGAACGCUAGAUCUUUGGCUAAGUUAAAGGCCAAUGCCCAACUAACUAAGAAGACUUUGUCUAACGUCACAUCUGCCACUAUCUCUAUUGACUCUUUGGCUGAUGGUUUCGACUACCACUCUUCCAUUAACAGAAUGAGAUACGAACUAGUUGCCAACAAAGUCAUUUCUCAAUUCACUGCAUUCAUCGAAAAGGUUAUCAAGAAAGCUGAUCUAGACACUUUGGAUAUCGAUUCUGUUCUUCUAGUUGGUGGUACCUCUUUCACUCCAAAGUUGGCUACCAACUUGGAUUUCAUCUUCCCAGAAAACGUCGACAUCUUGUCUCCACAAUCCAAGAACGCUACCAACAAUCCAAAUGAAUUGGCUGCAUGUGGUGCCGCUUUGCAAGCUGAGCUUUUGAACGCUUAUGACGCUGACGAACUAGCUCAAUCCCUAGAACCAAUCGUUAUAAAUACUCCACAUCUAUCCAAGCAUAUUGGUCUUGUCGACAGUAAAGGUGAGUUCGUCCCAGUACUAUUGGCCGAAACCUCCUACCCAAUAAAGAAGACUCUAAAAUUGAAGAAGGCUGCUGGUGACUUCACUAUUGCCAUCCACGAAGCUGAACACCAUAUCAAGGAAACUGUCGUGGAGCCAGCGCCAAAGGAAGAGAAGGCCGAGAAGGACGAUGAAGAAGAUGACGAAAGUGACUGGUCCGACGAAGAUGACGAACCAGAAGUUGUCAGAGAAAAGCAUUACACCUUGGGUAACAAGUUGAUGGAACUUGGUGUCAAGGAUGUCAAGGGUCUAGAACUUGUGUUCACUAUUGACAAGGAAGGCAAGCUAACAGUGGCUGCCAGAGACUUGAAAUCCAACACAGUCGUCAAGGGCGAAUUAUAA